CCGGGGGAGAGGGAAGGGGGUGCUGCCUCCUUUAACCACAGUCGUGCCCAGACAGCGGGAACCGCCGGGGGCAGCCUGGAGAGGGGGGUAGGAGCAGCGAUGAGCCGCGACCCCGACUGCGAGUGCAAGGAGGACGUUAUUGAUCAAGAAGAAGAGAUGGUUCCAAGUAAGAGAAGUGCUGUUCUUGUGGAUGGAAUCAUACUGAAUGGGCCCACGACAGAUGCAAGAUCAGGAGAAAAAUUUGUUGAAGAGGCCUGUAGGCUAAUAAUGAAAGAGGUAGUUUUCAAGGCGACGGAUGCCAAUGAAAAGGUUUGUGAGUGGCGGUCUCCUGAAGAACUAAAACACCUUCUUGAUUUGGAAAUGAGAGACACAGGAGAGUCACACCACAAGCUGUUGGAACUCUGCCAAGAUGUCAUACGCUACAGUGUGAAAACUAACCAUCCUCGAUUUUUCAACCAGUUGUAUGCUGGACUUGAUUAUUAUUCUUUGGUGGCUCGAUUUAUGACAGAAGCAUUAAACCCAAGUGUUUAUACAUAUGAAGUGUCCCCGGUGUUUCUGUUAGUGGAAGAAGCAGUUCUCAAGAAAAUGAUUGAAUUUAUUGGCUGGAAAGAAGGGGAUGGAAUAUUUAAUCCAGGUGGUUCAGUGUCCAAUAUGUAUGCAAUGAAUUUAGCGAGAUACAGACAUUAUCCUGCUAUUAAAGAAAAGGGACUGUUUGGGUUGCCAAGAUUAAUCCUUUUCACAUCUGCGGAGUGUCAUUAUUCCAUGAAGAAGGCAGCCUCCUUUCUUGGGAUUGGUACAGAGAAUAUUUGUUUUGUGGAAACAGAUGGAAGGGGGAAAAUGAUACCUGAGGAACUAGACAAGCAAAUCUGGCAAUCCAAAAAAAAGGGAGCAGUGCCAUUUCUUGUCUGUGCCACAUCUGGAACCACUGUGUUGGGAGCCUUUGAUCCUCUGGAUGAAAUAGCUGACAUCUGUGAGCAGCAUGGUCUCUGGCUUCACGUGGACGCUUCUUGGGGUGGCUCAGCUUUGUUAUCAAGAAAAUAUAGCAAGCUUCUACAUGGCAUCCACAGAGCUGACUCUGUGGCCUGGAACCCACACAAGAUGCUGAUGGCUGGAAUUCAGUGCUGUGCUCUCCUUGUUAAAGACAAAUCUGAUCUUAAGAAAUGCUACUCUGCCAAAGCAUCCUACCUGUUCCAGCAGGAUAAAUUCUAUGAUGUCAGCUAUGACACAGGAGACAAGUCUAUCCAGUGUAGCCGGAGACCAGAUGCAUUCAAGUUUUGGAUGACUUGGAAGGCCCUGGGAACAUUAGGCCUUGAAGAAAGAGUUAAUCGUGCUCUGGCAUUAGCUAGAUAUCUAGUAGAAGAAAUCAAGAAAAGAGAAGAAUUCAAACUAUUAAUGGAGCCUGAGUAUGCCAAUGUUUGCUUUUGGUACAUUCCACCCAGCCUAAGAAAGAUGGAAGAGGGACCUGAGUUCUGGACAAAACUUCAUUUGGUGGCCCCAACCAUAAAAGAAAGGAUGAUGAGGAAGGGGAGCUUGAUGCUGGGUUACCAACCCCACCGAGGAAAGGUCAAUUUCUUCCGCCAGGUGGUGAUCAGUCCUCAAGUGAGCCGAGAAGACAUGGACUUUCUCUUGGAUGAGAUUGACCGACUGGGUAGAGACAUGUAGCUAUGGCUUUGGUCCCUUAGAGGCAUGUAUUACAGUUUAGGAAGUAUUCUAGAUCUGGGUAUACAGGGACACAUAGGAAUUUCCAGUCCCUCUGUUGAUAAAUAGGAAACAUGCUAUUCCAGGCCCAAUGACACCAAAUGCUAUGCAAAGGGUAUUGAUGAUUUGUAGCUACCAUA